AAAAAUGGCCGCUCAAGGGAAUAACUCGAAUUUGUGUGAUGAUUUUGAAGCCGCUUUUCAAAGUUGUUUUUCAACACUGAUAAACCAAGACAGUACCUGUGAGUCAGAUGAGAUCAAGACAAGUGUUGAGCAGUCCAUUCAGAAGUUUCUUGACUCAGCCAAGCAACUGGAGAGUCACUUCCUUCAACAGAGAUUGGUGCUCUCAAUGAAGAAGCCAGAGCAAAUUGUAAAAGAGGAUAUCAGCGACAUUCGUUCCGAAUUAAGUCGUAAGGAUGCAUUGCUCCAAAAACACUAUGAGAAACUGGCAGCUUGGCAGACAAAAUUGCGUAAUAUCCAAGGAUCUCAACCCCCUCAGCAGUCAGUCCAGCUGCCACCUCAAGCCCAGCCAGGGCCAACGAGCAUGCCAAAUCCACAGCAGUCACCCAACAUAACGCAUCAAGUGAUGUCUCCUCAUGGACAGCAGCUCCACCAUCAGCCCCACCCAAUGCACCCCCCACAUACUCCCCCAACAUCGCAAGGGGUGCAGUUCUCACAAGGACCUCUUGCAUAUCUUGAACGUACCACUUCUAACAUUGGUUUGCCUGAGAGUAGAUGACCCUUCCCUUAGGGGGAGGGGGCCCUUGGUGUUUCUGGGUGCUGAUGAUGCAACCCGUUAGACUGGAUUGUGGAAGGUCAUCAUGUUCAUGGCUGCCAAGUACGUGUAUGUAGACAUUUCUCAAAGUUGUCUUUUGCCAGCUUGAAAGUUUUUGAUGUUAUGUCUAAUGAAUGUGAAUGAUCAUCUAGUGGAUGAGUUCUGUGAGAGUGUCCUGGUCAUCUGGAUGAAGGUGACCAUUAGAUUGUACUCAAUUUGAAGGGCAGCGCAAAAUUAGCAGGGCCAAAUAAACUGUAUGCAUGGCAACUAAUGCCCAGAUUCACUGGUUGUACUGCUACAAUGUAUGGCUGAGAUAUGUGUUGGUGAGACAUGUACCUGUAGGAUGUACGACACACCACUGCCUACAAACUAAAUCAAACUGCAUCAACUCUGAAUAUGUUAUGACAUAUUACAUGUAUGUCUUGAUAAAUGUUAUGAGUGUCAUUUGUACUUGUGCAUCGAUGUACUGCAAAUAAACCAGUAUUUUUAUACCUUUA